AUGAAAGCUUUUCAUUUAGCUAUAUACUCACACCUUGUCUACUCAUUUGUGGCUCCAUUGGGGUGUCAAACUGGAAUUGAUGGUUCUGUUGGGGAUGUCUCUGUCAGGGUGUUUGACAUUGAGAUUGAAGGCGCCAUGGGGGAUGUUUCUGUCGGGGUGUUUGACAUUGAAAUUGAAGGUGCUGCGGGGGAUGUCACUGUCGGGGUGUUUGAGGUUGAGAUUGAAAGCGCCGCGGAGGAUGUUGCCGUUGGGGUAUUUGAGGUUGAGAUUGAAGGCGCCGCGGGGGAUGUCUCCGUCGGGGUGUUUGACAUUGAAAUUGAAGGUGCCGCGGGGGAUGUCUCUGUCGGGGUGUUUGUCAUUAAAAUUGAAAGCACCACAGAGGAUGUUGCUGUCGGGGUGUUUGAGGUUGAGAUUGAAGGCACUGUCGGCAAUGGCCCCAUCAGGGUGUUUGACAUUGAAAUUGAAAACAUGACCUCCACAAUAUGGACAUCUGUGGCAUGA